GCGCGCCUGUGUGUGUGAUAAGCAACGGAGCAGCAAAAACAAUCGACCAAUGGAAAACAUAAACAUUUAAAUAUUCAAAUAUUUAGUAUCAGAACUAAAUGACCGGCCCAACAUGUCACUGCCGCGGAUCACGGACUUCGAAAUCCUCGAAAAGCUCGGAGCUGGCAGCUAUGCCACCGUUUAUAAAGCGCGGCACAAAAAACAGCGCACUUAUCACGCCAUCAAAUAUGUGGAAAUGUCAACGUUGUCGCAAACCUCGCGGGAAAACCUAAUCACGGAAAUACGCCUCCUAAGGGAACUCAAGCACAAGUACAUUGUGACCCUGCAGGAUUUCUUCUGGGACGACAAAAACAUUUACAUCGUUUUGGAGUACUGCAAUGCCGGAAAUCUAUCCGCUUUUAUACGAACCAAGAAAGCUUUACCAGAGAGCACCUGUCGUUACUUUUUGCGACAGUUGGCUGCAGCAGUCCAGUACAUGCGAGCCAAUGAUGUUUCCCACUUUGACCUUAAACCACAGAACCUUCUGCUUACCCGGGGAGCUAACAAUGUGUCCCUUAAGGUGGCAGACUUUGGGUUUGCUCAGCACCUGAAGCUGGGUGAAAUCAAUGAGCAGCUGAAAGGUUCGCCACUAUACAUGGCACCGGAAAUAGUGCGGAAGCAUCAGUAUGAUGCUAAGGCGGAUCUCUGGAGCAUUGGGGUGAUUCUGUACGAAUGUCUAUUUGGAAAGGCGCCGUAUAGCUCGCGAACCAUUGAGGAGCUGCUGCUGAGGAUCAGGAAGGCUGAGGCCAUAACACUGCCACCAAAUGCCCGUAUCAGCAAUGAGUGUCACGAUCUCUUGCGACGCCUUUUGGCCCAUGAGCCCACGGCGCGCAUUUCAUUCGCAGAUUUCUUUGCGCAUCCCUUUCUUGAUCUCAAAACGUUUCCCACGGAACACACCCUACAAAAGGCCAUCGAUUUGGUUACUCAGGCGUGUUCGUAUGAUGAGAAGCGCAACUAUAAGGAGGCUUACUAUCUCUACUGCAGUGCCCUGCAGUAUUUUGUACCGUUAAUCACGGAAGAGGCAGACGCCACCAAGAGGCUGGCAUUGCGCAAUCGUGCCUUGUCGUAUACAAAACGCGCCGAGGAGAUCAAGAAUUGCAUAAUUGAGGACGAGUACAGGAUGCUGGCCGAGCGGCAAAGGCAAGAGGCUUUAUCUGCCACAGCGAACCAAACCACAGAGCCUUCACCAGCUGUCCAGGCCCCGGAUGCGCAGCCAAGCAGCUCGCGGGUCGCAGAGAUGCUGGAACCAGAUUCCCGCUAUAAGCAGCUAUUUGCCCUUUCGCACUCAAGUCCGUCCCUGAAGACUGGCCUGGAAAUCGGAAGGAAAGGCGAGCUAUAUCUUUACGAGCGUAAGCUAGAUGCGGCAUUGGAGUCGUAUACCUCAGCGUUGGGCAUUCUAGUGCCGUUCGUCAAUAAUGAACCAAAAGGCGAGCGGAGGAAUCUGUUGCUGCAACAGCUGGAAUUCUGGAUGAAGGAGGCGGAGAGCAUUAAGAGCAUUUUGAGCGCCAAGCAUAUGGAUGAAGAGGAGCAGAAGCUAUCCACGCGCACUUCAAUGAGAACUAUCACAUUCCCAGGCUGGUCAAGUCCGCCGCUUAUGUAUUUCAUUAUUAUCAUUGUGCUUAAUUUGAUUAAAAUCGUUUAAAGAUAA